GUUGCCAGCCGAACCGAGCCGAGCCGAAUCCCCAGACGCGAAGCUGACCGGAGUCCGCGGCGACGAAUCAAACCCCUGCCCUUCCUCCGGCGAGCCGGCGACGUUCCGGAAGAACCAUCUCCGCGCGCGAGGAAGAGGACCCGCCAAUGCAUAUUCGAGUGAAGCGGAACAAAACUACCUACUUCAUACAAUGUGAUCCAACAGAGACAACUUUAAACAUUAAGCAAAAACUGCAUUCACUGAUAGAUCAGCCUUCGAGUAAUCAACGGUUGAUCUUAUUGGCAACAAACAACGUAUUGGAUGACUCAAAGACAUUGGCAAAUCAAAAGGUUGAAAAUGAUGCCAUCGUUGCAUUGACACUGAGAAAAGAUGAUGGCAGCGAGUUUGAGGAUGUUUUCAUUGCAAGGUCGGAAGAUUUGAUGUCGUCCUCGUGAUCUUUUACCUCUCAGUGAUUUAAGGACAUCAAAAUCCUAAGUUUGUUGGUAAAUUAUAUGCAGGUCAUAAGAUUCUCUCAUGGUUAUGGCUGGCUUAGCUUUCCGUUUGUUGUUUUUCUCAUGCUUUCGCUGAUCUUGCUUGGGAUGCAAGGGGUUGCAUCAAAGCCUUUGAUUCGACCAUCUAAUCGAUGAGCUCACCUGCUUAUUUAAUUCCUGUACCAGGGGAAACUGCGUGGUGAGACCGACUAGUGAUUGGACCUAACAUAAUGACCACUUUGUAGUCACAUGAUUGAUCCAUAAUUGCUUGUUGAAAGCUCGCUUUCACGCUGCCUUCGGAACCACCAGGCUACAUCUAUUAGACUCUUA